CUCUCUGGAAGCACAAGGGAAAGUUAUCGCCAUCACCAUUAUUAUUAUCAUUAUCAUCAUAUAUACAUGUACAGGUAUCUUUUAGGAUCAUGCCGUUCCCCGUCCAGUCCUUCCAAGAUGUUAUCGGCCUCAGUUCCUUCAUGAUACACGCCAUUCGUCACCCCUUGGAUUUCCAGUCCAGUGUUGGCCCCACGCUCAGUGAAAUUACCUCUGGCCUCCUGGGUUCAUCUUUCGAACCGGGUCGUGAUAUUCCCGAUCUAUCAGGAAAGGUCAUCUUUGUCACUGGAGGAAACACCGGACUAGGCAGGGAAACAGUCCUUCAACUCGCUCAACACAAUCCCUCACGGAUAUACCUUGGAGCACGAAACGCGACCAAGGCACAGAAUGCAAUCAGCUCCAUCCAAGACACACUUCCAUCCCCUGAGGACAUCCGACAUAUCCCGCUCGACCUAGCGUCUUUCAAAUCCAUCCGGGCGGCGGUUGAGAAAUUUCAAUCAGAAUGCGAUCGUCUAGACAUUCUGGUGCUUAAUGCCGGUAUCAUGGGGUGUCCGUCCUCCCUUACAGAAGACGGGUUUGAAAUCCAUUUUGGAACAAACCAUGUGGGCCAUUUUCUCCUCACAAAGCUCCUGCUCUCCACACUCCAGCAGACCGUGUCCAGCUCCGAGGAUGUUCGGGUCGUGACCCUGAGCUCACUAGCUAACCAAAGUUCACCAUCCUACGAUAUCAUGACAUCUACCCAAGCGCUCAUGGGGACCGGAUGGGUGACGUGCUACGGGGCGUCGAAAGCGGCCAAUGUCCUUUUCGCAGCGGAGCUUGCCCGUCGAUAUCCAAAGAUACUCUCCGUUUCUGUUCAUCCUGGGGCGGUGGCAAGCGACUUGUAUGAGCAGUCUAAAUCUUCUGACCUAUUCUCACGGGUUGGUAUCAAGGUCAUGGCCAACUUCUUCCGAAGUGUUCGUACUGGAGCACUAAACCAAAUCUGGGCCGCGACUGUGUCGAAAGAGCGCUUGAUUAAUGGAGGGUAUUAUGUUCCCAUUGGGGUAAAGGGAAUCAUGUCGUAUCGCAAAUAUCUUCCCGACCUGGGUAUCCCGCGUUUCCAGGAGAUGCGCACUCAGGAUGCACAUGAAUAUGCAGAUGCCUUUAAGAACGGCCACAAUCCGCCAUGGCUGCACGCUUUGUACAUGCACUGGAGGGAGCUCCUGCAGGAGCCCUUCAAGGGUGUAACUACUGAUGGAAAUGUCCGCCCGAACCUGUUUGAACUCCAAGACGAACAGAUCUCCAUCGACAGCAUCGUCGCCCCCGCAGAACACCUGCUCUCCCUGCUCACAAGCGAACAAAAAGACACCCUCUGUUACCACAUUGAUUCGCCUGAAUGGCGCACCUGGUCAAACCCCGAGUUCCUCCUCAGUGACAAGGGUCUCCGUCUAGAUGAAGUCUCCCCAUCCAUCCGCACCGCCAUCCUUGCCAUUCUCCAAUCGACUCUCUCCCCAGAAGGCUACGACAAGGCCUUGAAAGCCAUGCGGACCAACCACUUUCUCGGAGAACUUGUUGAAUCUCCACGGGUCAUGAACGAAUUCUCUUACAACUUCGCCCUGUUUGGCCGCCCUUCCAUCACCCGGCCGUGGGGCUGGUCCUUUUAUGGCCACCACCUAUGUCUCAACAUCUUUCUGUAUCGGAACCAAAUUAUCGCCUCUCCCUGGUUCACAGGUGCGGAACCGAAUGAAAUUGACGCAGGCCCGUACAAGGGCACCCGGAUCCUCCAUGUCGAGGAGGAGCUCGGUCUCAAACUAAUGCAGUCACUCCCUGCUGAAUCUCAAGCAACGGCCCAGAUCUACAAAGAAAUGCACGACCCCGCUAUGCCCCCAGGACGCUGGAACCGCGACGACCAGCGCCACGUCUGCGGUGCUUACCGCGACAAUCGGAUCGUCCCAUAUGAGGGCGUCCCCGUUUCCUCCUUUACCGAAGAGCAGAAACGGACUGUCUAUGCCAUCCUCGAGCAAUACCUCCUGUAUCUCCCCGGCCGCGCACGACAACUCAAACUUGAACAGAUCAAGCGCUUUGAAUCGGAGACGCACUUUUGCUGGAUUGGUGGAUACGCUGAGGAGGAUCCGUUCUACUUCCGGAUUCAGAAUCCUGUUGUGUUGGUGGAAUUCGACCACCACUCGGGCGUGUUCUUGAAUAACGAAGCGCCCAAGAAAUUCCAUAUUCACACGCUCCUGCGGACACCCAAUGCGGGCGAUUAUGGAUACGCCAUUCGCCCCAUGAUUCCGGCUGUGGAGGGGCUGGCGGGGAAAGAAAUUACGUGGUAGACUAGUUUGUCG